GGCUGAGUGGCACGGCAAGCGCCCAGCCCCGGCGGAGGAGAGCUCCCGUGGCACGGCUCGGGGGCACCUGCCCGGCCCCGCGCUCAACUCUCCCGGAAACGCCGCGGCUCGGCCCUGCCGCCUCCGGGGCCCGGCGCGCGCCUCCCGGAACAGCCUCUCCUCCCGCCAUUUUCGGCGCGCGCUCAGGUGCCGAGCUGCGGCCUGCGGGUGCCGGGCCUGGGAAGACGCGCGCAGCCAUGGCCGCGGGCGUGGACGGCGGGGACGCGGCGGGCGCCAGGCAGCACGUGUUCUUGAUCCCAGAAUCUGUAAAAGAUGCUGCAAAGAAGAUGAGGAGCGGGCUCAUGUUUGUCAAACUGGUUAGUCCGUGCUCAGGGGAAGGAGCCAUGUACUUGUUCAAUAUGUGUCUGCAGCAGCUGUUUGAAAUCAAAGUUUUCAAGGAGAAACACCAUUCUUGGUUUAUAAAUCAAUCAGUUCAAUCAGGAGGUCUUCUCCACUUUGCCACGCCCAUGGACCCUCUAUUUCUGCUGCUGCACUACCUCAUGAAGGCAGAUAAAGAGGGAAAGUUUCAGCCCCUGGCUCAAGUUGUGGUGGAUGACAUAUACCCAGAUUGUGUCUUAUUGCUGAAACUUCCAGAACUGGAGAAGCUACUUCGCCAUGUGACUGAAGAGAAAGAAAUAGACAACAGAAAAUAUUAUAAAUAUAGCAAAGAGAAGACCUUAAAGUGGCUGGAAAAAAAGGUGAAUCAAACUAAGGCUGCAUUAAAAACCAAUAAUAUCAAUGUUGGUAACCGGGUCCAAUCAACAGCAUUUUUCUCUGGUAACCAAGUUGCCAGUGACAGUGAAGAGGAUUAUCUGCGCUAUGCGCAUGGUCUGAUAUCCGAUUACAUCCCUAAGGAAUUAAGUGAUGACUUAUCUAAAUACUUGAAGCUGCCAGAACCUCCAGCUCUAUUGCCAAAUCCUCCAGCAAAGAAAAUAAAGUUAUCAGAUGAGCCUGUAGAAGCAACAGAAGAUUACACUAAGUUUAACACUAAAGAUUUGAAGACUGAAAAGAAAAAUAGCAAAAUGACCGCAGCUCAGAAGGCUUUGGCUAAAGUUGACAAGAGUGGAAUGAAAAGUAUUGAUUCCUUUUUUGGUGCAAAAAAUAAAAAAAAGAAAUGAAAGAUUUGGAACUUUGUAAAAUGAAGUCUAACAAAAAUGACUUGGUUUUUAUUUGCUCUAUUUUGAUCUUUUUCAAAGCCACUGUACUUCCUGUCAGUAUCUUUUGGGUGGAAAAAAUGAAACUAACAAAAGCCAGGAGCUUUCAGGGUUUUGUUUUUUUUUCAACGUUUGAUUUUUGUGUUUCUAAAGAAAAUCUGGGAAAAUAAUUGUUUGAAUUCAUGGCAGCGGCCUCUGGAGUGUCAGUUGCCAUAAUGAAAAGUGAUCAAGUGAGCAACAGUAACAGUGUCGUCACAAAUUCCUGAAUAAACUCAUCUGUGACAGUUUUUAAGCAUGUGCCUUACUUUAUGUAAUUUUGCCACACAAUAGCUAAAGCAGUAUGGUUUUCAACAUACUGGGAGAGUGGCUAACAAAAUCAUGGGGUAAAUUACUUUUGCUUUAGGUUUUCAUAAUUUUGUUUUUCUGAAUACAUUUAUUUAUGUGAAAAAAAAAUAGACAACAGUAUAAAUAGCGCUCCCAUUUGCUGAUUAACUCCCCAAAUACUUACUGCUGCUGAGCAAGCUGGAGCCUGGAGCCCAAAGCACGAUCCAGGUCCCUUGUUAGGCAGCAGGAUUCCGAUCCCAGGAACGGUCCUUGCUGCUGCCUGGAUCUGCAUCAGCAGAAAGCCUAGCCAGGAGCCGGAGCUGGUUGUCAACCCUGGCACUCCAGUGUGGGAUGUGCUGUCUUAGCUAGAAGGUCAGAGGUCUGUCCCUGAUGAUUCAAUGACAAUGAACUGGUUUGCACAUUUAUAUGAUUUGUAAAAGGUCAUGGAAGAAUCAGAUUAUGUGUAAAUAUUUGUAUACGUCAGUGUUCCCUUAGAAUGGAGUUUUUACAUAUGGGCUUACGGGUUCAAAAAUGAAUUUUUUAAAGGUAAAUUUGUGGCAAUAUGUUUCACAGAAAGCUAACAGUAUCUGCACACCAACGAAUAGUAAGUGCAAGUUCUUGUCUUACUAACUACCGCCUCGUUGGCUUUGAACAUGAGAGGGAAAAAUAUACUUGACUGUAGUUUUAAUUCACAUUCCUCUGCUAGUAAUAAUAUUAAGCAUUUAGUCCCACAUCUGCUGAUUGUCAUCUUACAGAGAAUUGUCUGUUUUGUGUCUUUUGUUAAGUUAUUACGUUGUUAGUAUUUUUCUUAUUGACUAAAAGUUGUUUUCUAUCGCUUAA